AGGAAUAUUCUUGAGGCAAGAAACCAUGAUUGUCCAAUAAAAGUUUAGUGUCCACUCCCCCUUCACUCUGCCUGCUGUGUGUGAGAAUAGAAACGACAGAGACAGUGAAGGUAGAGAGGAUGAGGAAGUGAUUGUCAGUCUCCAAAGAUCUGGGCUCAGUGACACACAGACGUAUGGAUCCUCUGAUGCUCCUGUUUCUUCUCAUUGCUGGGCUCACAGGUGCUGACAGUGUGUCCACAGUGAGCUGGGUGUCUGCAUGGAGAGGAGGAUCUGUCAGCAUCCCAUGUUUCUAUGAGGACAGAUAUAAAACUCAUAUGAAAUACUGGUGCAGAGGGAAAGACUGGAAGUCAUGUACUCCCAUAGUACACACUGACUCUCCACAGGAGGGUAAAGUGUCAAUCAGAGAUGAUCCUGACCAACAAGUUUUCACUGUGACCAUCAAAAAUCUGACAGCUAGGGACUCUAGUUACUUCUGGUGUGGAGUGAAGAUCAGUGGAGGUUCAGUUGUUGGAGACCAGGUUACCCUCUCAGUGACUGAUGGUGUGUCCACAGUGAAAUGGGUGUCUGUACAGAGAGGAGGAUCUGUCACCAUCCCAUGUUUCUAUGAGGACAGAUAUAAAACUCACGUGAAAUACUGGUGCAGAGGGUAUGAUGUGAGGUCAUGUACCCCCAUAGUACACACUGACUCUCCACAGGAGGGUAAAGUGUCAGUCAGAGAUGAUCCUGACCAGCGAGUCUUCACUGUGACCAUCAACAAUCUGACAGCUGAGGACUCUGACAUCUACUGGUGUCGUAUCAAGAUCAGUGAAGCCUCAGAUCCUGGAGAUCAGGUUUCCCUCUCAGUCACUUUUGGUUCCCAAAGGCUGUCAGUGGACAAACUGGAGGUGACGGGUGUGGAAGGAGACAGUGUCAGUGUUCAGUGUCGCUAUGAAAACAGAGACAGUCUGAAGCUGUGGUGUAAGAUCGGGGGCUCCUGUGUAUCAGAGAGAUCUGUGAGUUUGGAUGGGAGGCCUGUCCAGAUCAUGGAUGACAGAGUAAAUGGAGUCUUCAGUGUGACAGUGAGGAGACUGGAGAGGAAGGACACAGGCUGGUACUGGUGUGAUGCUGGAGGCUUGCAGAUCCCAGUUCAUAUUACUGUCAACCCAAUAAGCAUGACUGAAUCUCCUUGGUCCAGCUUGUUUCUGUAUGUAGGACUGGGCUCAUUGGUGCUGCUGUUGAUCAUCAUCAUCAUCAUCACAUGGAAAGUGCGGGACAAACACAAGAAAAAAAUGGCCAAGAGACAAAAUCCGGGAAGGACAGAAUUGACACUGAACCCAAACCAUGAAUAUACAGUAAUUGACAGAAGUGACAUCAUCGAGGGAGCCCCCCCAGGGCAGGCCUCUGAGGAGCCUGGUGCUGAUGUCACCUACAGCUCCAUUGUCCUGCAAGACCCAGAGCAGGUGUCCUCUAGAUGUUCUUCACACCAUCCUGCUGUAACCCCAGCCAGCGAUGUGGUCUACAGCUCAGUUGCCCUGAAGCACAGAGAGUAGGGGGCAGCGACACAGAGAGGCUCCUCUACAUGUGCGGAGCUGCUGCUCAGGAUGAGAGCUGUGAGGGACACACAGAUACUCCAGUGAUGGGGAGGGAUCAUCACCAGAGAGGAGAAUCUUACAGUGAUGUGAGCUGUAUUUACAUGGCAUGCAGCAUUGUCACAUUACAGUGUGACAGUAAGAAUCAGCCAGUGAGAAACAGACAUUCAUGGCUGUCGUGCAUUUGAGCCACAAUCAUGGAAUUAUUUACUUACUUGUGCAUCACUUUGGACAGAAGCAUCUGAUAAAUACAUUUAAAUGCAAGGUAUUAUUCUGCUGCUCUGUUGGUUUUCAUUCAUAUAAAAGGAAAAAUAUUAGCAAUCCUAGUUGAUUUGUAUAUAAAUGUCUAUUAUGAGAAUAUCCAGUAUUUUGUGGAAGUAUUUGCCAGUGUCUGAUUUUCUCCCGUGUAUGUGCAGUAUGUAUUGGUGAGGAGUUAGUGUGUCUAAGGGCUCUGGCUUUAAUGUUAUGCCCCUUUAUGUACUUCACUGCCCCCUGCUGGAGUAACUUUGACAAGGGCGCAGGUUAAAAAAAAAUGAAAGUAAAAAAUAAGGAACCUUUUUUGCGUUAUCUUGCAAAAUAUCUGCAUUGUCUUGCAAAACUUUGCCAGAUGUAUCUUGUCUUUAUUUUUUCUUUCCUUUUUUUUUACUUGUCACUUAGUAGCUCUGCAUGUUUCAAUACUUGCAAAGUAUCUUUUUCUAAGAGGAAGUUAUACUUUUGUUUAUUGAUAAGUGGAGUAUUAUUUAAAAAGCAGAACACCGACAGUGUGACUCGUCAUACACAAUGUUAAUAAAAAUGCUUUUCAUUG